AUGAGCAAGCAAUUCAGCAUCAUCAUCGUAGGAGGUGGCAUCGCCGGCCUGGCUACGGCCAUCGCCCUACGCGCCCCAAACCGCAAAAUCACCAUCCUCGAACAAUCAUCUCUCAACCGCGAAAUCGGCGCCACCAUCUCGCUGCAACCCAACGCCUCCAAAAUCGUUGAGCAGCAAUGGGACCUCUCCAAAACCUUGAAGGAUAAAGGUUCCAUGGUAGACGAAGGAUUUCAAGUCUACAACCUUGAUGGAGAGUUACAAAUGCGGGUUCCGUUAUCGACGACGGAGAAGUAUGGUGCGGAGAGGAUGCUAUACUAUCGGAUUGAUUUACAUGAUGCAUUGAAGAAAAGAGCUACGUCGAAGGAGUGGGAUGGUGAACCCGCUGAGAUUCGUGUUUCAAGUAGGGUUACGGGUUGUGAUUGUGACGAGGGGGUUGUGUAUACACAAACUGGAGAGAGGUUUCAAGCCGAUCUGGUCGUUGGUGCGGAUGGUAUUAAGAGUGUUGUUCGAGACGCUGUGUUGGACACCAAAGUUCCGGCUCUAAGGACUGGCCACUCGGCGUAUCGCAUGAUCUUGUCGAUCGACAGACUCCUGACAGACUGCAAGGCUUUUUGCGAAGUUGUUGACCCCCGUGCUCCUUACACGACAAUGGUAAUGGCGCGCAACAGGCGAAUGAUCAUGGGCCCAGCCCGUAAUGGUUCAGUAUAUAGUAUCGUCGCUAUGGUUCCUGAUGAAGACCUCGGCGAAGACCCCAAUACCACAAGCUGGACAACACACGGCGACAUCCCCAAGAUGAAGGAAACAUUCUCCGACUUCCCUGAAUGGGCGCGUGGACCAUUAUCGUGCGUCAAUGAUGGAGAGGUCGGGUUGUGGCAACUUCGUGAUAUUGACCCCUUGCCGACUUGGACGAAGGGCAGGGUUGUGCUUGUUGGUGAUGCGGCGCAUGCGAUGUUACCCACGCAAGGGCAAGGGGCGAGUCAGGCGAUUGAGGAUGCGGAGGCUGUUGGUGCUUUUUAUGCCGAUAUUAACAUCGACGAGGGCGGAUUGGAGCAGGUCAAAGCCGUUAAUGAGAAGAUUUUUGCAUGUCGGUAUAAGCGAGCUACUACUAUUCAACAGUAUAGUCGACAGGCUGCGAAGCCGGCUACGGAGGAAGGGAGUGUGAAGGUCAAGAUGAGUCCGAGUGAGUUUAUGGAUUAUAAUUGUAAUUAUGGGGGCGCAGUAGAGUGGCUUAGGAGGCAGAAGGAGGAAGAUGCGAAGGAGGCAGGAGGAGAUAAAUUGGCAGAAGAUAUCAGCAAAAUGAGGAUUGUUGACAGAGAGGUGUCUGCACAGGAGGUGGUUGCUUAA